UUUAUGUUUCAAAAAGACUUUGAACACAACUAAGUAGAAUCUCAUACAUGUUCAAUAUCCAUCUAUACCUGCUCUAGCACGGGGAAAGUUCAGCGUGGAGCGGACUUGACACGACAGGUGGGUCUUUGGGUGGAGCUGAAAAAGUCCGGCGUGAAAAAUGUCGAUAAGAAAAAAAUUGGAGGGGUCGACUUUCCGAUAACCGAUAACCAGCAUUUCCGUUCAGUUGGCCUUUUCCUUCUGAGUUCCCCUAACCACGCAGGCUGCGACGGUACACCGGCACUUUCAUUCCCCUUUUUCUUUCUCUUUCUUCCCUUAUACCUCUCUCUCUCUUCCCCGGUCCUCCCGUUUACCCCGUCGCAAAGAUUCGAAUCAUCGAGAGAAUCGAGAGAAUCGGGAGACGGCCGCUUCGCUCCUCCAAUACCAACGCCUCGAGGCUCUUGCGCAUGUGCGCUAGUCUCUAACACUCCCGGGGCGUCUAUACCGUCUCACGUCGUUUCCGCCCGCUUUCCCCUUCUCUCUCCUGCGUUGAUCGACUAUUCGGACCCUCCAUCUCCGCCUCGCCUCUCUAGAACCACCGCCAACGAUGCCUCACUCUAUAUCGCCGCCGAUAAUUGUGGCCCAGUCCAACGGCGCUGCGCCGCCACCCUCGCCCGAAGAUGUAGCCGCUAUCCUCAAUACCGUCUUCACUGCCACGUCCUCCGCCGCUUCCAUCGAUGCCGCCUAUGCGCUUUGCGAACUCUUGCUAAACACCGUCGGCUUUCGUGGUCUUCAGUACUAUGGUGUCUGCGCCGAGGUCAAGAAGGCCGCUGCUGAUAAGAAGAGCGGGUUGCGACGUGAAAGCGCUCAGAACCUUCUCGGCGCUUUGUUCGAGAAAUUCCCUUCUCGACAGCCCCUCAGCGAGGUAGUCUUCCUCCUCCAAGAUGGAGGUUUGGUUGCCUGCGCACUCGACGCCCUGGCUGACAAAGGUACCGUCGUUCGUGAUGCCGCCCAAUAUGGCUUGGAUGCCUUGUUCGGUCACCUCAGUCCUGAAGCACUUGUUGCUGGUCUCCUGCCAGCACUUGUAUCCUAUCUCUCCAAGAAGACUGGUAAAUGGCAAGGCACUAUCGGAGCUCUCAAGUUGAUGCAACGGAUGGCCAACAAGUCACAGAUGGAGAUUGGCUGCACCAAGGAGCAAGCCCACGAAAAGGAUCUUUUGAGAGACUCCAUGGGCUCGAAGCUCGCUACCUUGAUCCCCAUCGUCGAGAAUAACAUGCACGAUCUCAAGGCUGAAGUCGAGAAGCAGGCUGUUCUCACUAUGCAAUCUCUCACAACGUUGUUGUCCAAUGACGAUGUCGCUCCUCGAAUUCCUUUGCUUAUUGAGACCUUACAUCACCCAUCAACCCAAACUCUCCAGAAGGCGAUCCAUGCACUCUCGCAGACUACAUUCGUCGCUGUUGUUACCUCGCCAGUCCUCGCGCUCUUGACUCCUUUCCUUGAGCGGACACUGAAUAACCCUAGCACCACCCAAGAAGUACUGCGACAGUCUACCGUCAUCACUGAAAAUCUCACCAAGUUGGUGCACGACCCCAUCGAGGCAAGAACUUUCCUUCCGAAGCUUCAGCCUGGUGUGAAGGCUGUAGCGGAUAGGGCUCCUCUUCCUGAGGUUCGUGAGCUGGCCACAAGGGCUCUAAAUGUCAUGGAUAAAGCAAUGAACAAUGAUGCAGCAGCGGUGGAACGUACUCCUAUUGACGAUGUCGCCAAGCUUCUAGACUCCGAGAUCAAGAAACACGGAGGUCUAUCUGAUGAUCUGGACUUCUACAAGCUAGCUCGCCCCUACAUUUGUGAGAUGGUUGCUGAUGAUUCCAACUAUCGCCAAGUUAGCAGAAUUCCUGGUAGAGUUAGCCCUUACCUGAGGGACCUUAUGCAACAGCCAGACGCAACCGAGGCGGUUGCAUCUGCUAUUCACCAGUACUACGUUGCCGAGGAUGAGCGUAGGUACGGAGUUCCAGAAAAGGAGGAUGACGGCGAGACUGAGAUUGUCAAUGCUGACUUCUCUCUUGCCUAUGGUGGUAUGCUUCUGUUGUCUCAUACCAAUUUACGUCUCCUGAAAGGUCAUCGUUACGGUCUUUGUGGCCGAAAUGGAGCUGGCAAGUCGACACUUAUGAAAAGCAUUGCUGGGGGCAAGCUAGAAGGCUUUCCUCCUCAAGAUGUCCUUCGUACCUGCUAUGUUGAGCACAAUCAAGGCGAGGACGCUGAUAUCAGUAUUCUUGAAUUCAUGGUCAAGGACCCGACCAUCGCCUCCGAGGGCCGAGAAAGAAUCUCAGAGGUCUUGGCCGAAUUCGGGUUUACAGCAGGCCCAGAGGGGCGCCAAUCACAAAAGGUUGGCUCCUUGUCUGGAGGUUGGAAGAUGAAGUUGGCUUUAGCUCGGGCUAUGCUUCAGAAAGCCGAUGUUUUACUUCUGGACGAACCUACCAAUCACCUAGACGUUGCUAAUAUCGCGUGGUUGGAGAAUUAUCUGAAGACCCAUACCGAUAUAACCAGUUUGAUCGUGUCCCACGACUCUGGAUUUUUAGAUAAUGUUACAACUGAUAUCUAUCAUUACGAACCAGGCAAGAAACUCGGCCACUUUAAGGGAAAUCUAGCCGCGUUCGUGGAAGUUCGCCCAGAAGCAAAGGCCUACUACACCCUAUCGGCUUCCAACGUUCAAUUCAAGUUCCCACCGCCUGGUAUCCUGUCGGGUGUCAAAUCCCAAACUCGAGCUAUCAUACGUAUGACCAAUGUCUCGUACCAGUACCCGAAGGCACCCAAGCCAUCACUCGGUGAUGCAAGCUGCCAGCUCAGUCUUUCCUCCAGAGUUGCUGUCAUUGGUCCCAACGGUGCGGGCAAGUCCACUCUGAUCAAACUGCUCACUGGCGAGCUUAUUCCCUCUUCUGGCCGGGUCGAGAAACAUCCUAAUCUGCGUAUUGGGUAUAUUAAACAGCAUGCCCUAGAGCACGUAGAGAUGCAUCUUGAGAAGACCCCAAAUCAGUACCUCCAGUGGCGGUACGCUAAUGGCGAUGAUCGAGAGGUGUUCUUGAAACAAACUCGUAUUCUGUCAGACAAAGAUCGGGAGCAAAUGGAGAAGAAGAUUGACCUUGGCGAUGGGAAAGGCGGGAGACAACUGGAAGCUCUUGUGGGCCGACAAAAAUACAAGAAGACCUUCCAAUAUGAAGUGAAAUGGAUAGGCUGGCUUCCCAAAUUCAAUUCGCAGGUAUCCCGUGAAACUCUGUCAGAGUGGGGGUUCGAUAAACUCGUACAAGAAUUCGAUGAUCAUGAAGCCUCUCGAGAAGGUCUAGGCUAUCGUGAACUCCAGCCCACUGUUAUCUCGAAACAUUUCGAGGACCUGGGCCUCGACCCAGAGAUUGCCAACCACAAUGAGAUUGGGAGUCUCUCGGGUGGCCAAAAGGUCAAAGUUGUCCUUGCGGGUGCCAUGUGGAACAACCCUCAUUUGCUUGUCCUAGACGAACCUACCAACUUCUUGGACCGCGACUCCCUUGGUGGGCUUGCUGUAGCUAUCCGCGACUUCAAAGGUGGUGUAGUUAUGAUUUCCCAUAACGAAGAGUUCGUCGGGGCUCUCGCCAGUGAGCAAUGGCAUAUUAACGAUGGCCGCAUGACGAUGAAGGGUAAUGCUGCUAUCUCGAUGGACCGCUUUGAAGAUAGCAGGCCGGGCAGUGGGGUGAAUAGUAACAUCGCUAGUACUGCGGCCAGCAGUGCUGUAAACAGUGCCGUUACGAGCGCAGUCAACAGCGGAGCGGAAGACAAUACACCCCUGAAAUUCAAGGCCAAGAAGAAGAAGAAGAAGACCAAGAAGGAGCUUAAAGAUCAAGAAGUCCGACGAAGACUGCGCCAUAUUGAAUGGCUCAAUACUCCUAAGGGCACACCUCAUCCUCCUGAUACGGACGAUGAUGAGUAGACUAUAGAUCGAUUUAAUGAUGCAUUGAAUGGUGGUCCCAAAAUGGAAACGAGGGGUGUUGUUCAUGGACUUGCGCUUAUGUGCCAGGGUUCUUGCCGGAUAGACGAUGCACAAAAUGGGGUAUGCUUUGAAUGAUCAUCAUAGAUGCAUUAGAGGGUUUCUUCACGGCGUUCAAAUAGAAGGGAAUCAGAGCGAUAACCAUAGUCAAUCGCUUAACUGAUAAUGGUUUUUGGAAUUGGGUUAUUUUUUUCUUCCAUGCUAGACAACACUUACCAGCGUUACAUCAGCUCCUAGAAUAGCGAGAUGAGGUGUAUUUGCCUGGAACUUGAAAUUUCAAAUGAAUAAAUGAGAUGUUCAGUAACG